CUUUGAGCCGGAGCCCCGGUAACCUUUUAUGUUUUCCGCAGCUCCGGUCUCGCCUCGUCCCUGGCUAGAGAAGACAUUGAAUGAUUCUUCCCCCCUUUAAAAAAAAAAGAGUGGGACCAUAUUUUUUAAUGUUACCUAAUAAUUAUAUGAAGUGCUUAGUCCUCGAUAAUUAUUUUGUUUACCAUGUAGUCCCACUAUCAUCUAUUGUGUGAACGCGAAUAUUUAGAGAAUCCUGCAAAAAAAAAUUAAUACACGGGCAACACUAUUCAUCUAAUGUCAUUCACUAUUUUUCGCGUUGUGUGCUCGCACGGAAUUUUUCGUAGAAAUAUUAUCUGUUAAGUGAUUACUGUAUUUAGUGAGUUCAAGUUGAUUAAAGUAAAAUGCCUAAGAGUAGAGAAGAAAAAUUAUGGAAGAAGCUGAAGAAACUGGAAGAAAAAAUUAAGAAAAGUCAAAGUCGUCGUAGACGAAUUAGAUCUUUAAGUUCGUCGGAGCGGGAGUCGGUAGACGAUCCUGAUCCAAAUGAGAGACCUGAAGUAAUCGAGGACACAGGUACCCAACAACUACAAGACGAUGUGCUGAUUGCUCUGGGAAAUCCGUCCUGCUCUGACAAAUCUUAUAGUGAAAGUAUUCACCCAGAGAUAAUAAGGAGAGUAGAGAAUGUGUUAACGAGUGGCUUGGAAAAGGAGCGCAAGGAUGAAUUAUUAAAAAAGUAUCUGAUUCCCAAUAAUUUUGCCUUGCUAGAGGCUCCAAAACUAAACAGGGAGCUAGAAGGCUUAUUAAGCGAUCCAAUUAAAGAAAGAGACAAAAGGAUCGAAGAGCGACAGCAGCAAUUGGGUGUUGCAUUGUCUGCUGUAUUAUCUUGUUUAGAUAAUUUUGUUAAGGUUGACCCAAACCCAGCAAAAAUUGAAGUCUUGACAGAUGUAGCCAGGCUACUAAGUGAUUUACAUUAUAACAACACUUGUACACGUAAAAAGUUGGUGGCGGUUAAUUUGGAUAAAGACAUAGUUAAAACAACAGAAAGCGCUAAAAGGGACAGCUUCCUGUUUGGAGAAAGAUUUAAUGAAGAUGUAAAGACUGCUAAUGCCAUAAAGAAGGCAGCACCAAGCAUACUGAAAAAGUCCAAUUUCACCCGAAAGAUGGGGCAGACCAGGCAGUCAAAUUAUACCCAAUUUAAAAAUAAGGAAAACUUCAAUGCCCCUCCACAAGCAAAUCGAGCCAAACAAGGGAGGGGGGGCAGGUAUCAACCCAGGAACAGUGGGAGGCAGCAGCAGCAGCAACAACCGCAUCAGAAGAAGGCAUAUCGACACAAGUCUGUACGUCAGACAUAAAGAAAACUUCAUCCUCUGCACAACAGCCUUUCCCUGGGGGCCUGCAUAUUAUCAGGGAAGCAUUCAAGAAACAAAUGAUACCUGAGGAUACCAUAGAGGUUAUGAUAUCUUCUUUAUCUGUGAACACAAUUAAACAAUAUUCAGUAGCAUUGAAUAAGUGGUGGAUUUUUUGUAAAGGAGAAAAUAUCUUUGAUGUUUCUAUCACGAAGAUUUUAGAAUUUCUUACAGAACAAUUUAAAACAGGAAGUUCUUAUACUUCAUUAAAUACUACUAGAUCAGCAUUGUCCUUGAUACUUAGUUGUGAAAUAGGGAUAGAUCCUCAAAUAAAGAGGUUCUUUAAAGGUAUCUUUAAACUACGACCUAGUCGUCCUAAAUACAAUGAUACAUGGGAUCCAGCAAUUGUUUUGAAUCAUAUAGAAAAAUGGUACCCAUUGCAAGAUUUGUCAUUUCUAAAAUUAACUAAAAAACUGGUAAUGCUGUUAGCCCUUACUAGUGCACAAAGAAUUCAAACUUUAUCAUUGAUUAGACUAAAUAAAAAAAGGUAAUUUAAAAAACUAAAAAACCCGACUGCGUUUCUUUGUAACAUGAAAAUGAAAAAACCCUAAAACAAGAAUACAAGAAAAAUUUAAGCAGUCGGGACCCAUUCUAAAUAUUAUGAAGACUUAGUGAUAUAUAGGUACGGCUGGCUUUCUAGAAUGGGUCCCGACUGCUUAAAUUUUUCUUGUAUUCUUGUUUUAGGGUUUUUUCAUUUUCAUGUUACAAAGAAACGCAGUCGGGUUUUUUAGUUUUUUAAAUUACCUUUUUUUAUUUUAUUUUCUUUUAGUUUUAUUAUUUAUUAUAUUUUGAUAUAUUUAGUGUCACUCUCACAGUAAAUACGAAUCAAACGACCCCUAUCAAGCUGAAAUCCAUCUAGUCGUUCAGGCUAGAGAGUGGGCAAUAUUCGAAUUUGGCGCCAAAAAUCCGCGAUUUUGAUUUUUUUAUUGUUUUGAUAUAUCCAGUGUCACUCUCACAGUAAAUACGAAUUUAACGACACCUCUCAAGCCAAAAUCCAUUGAGUCGUUCAGGCUAGAGAGUAAGUAAUAUUCGAAUUUGGCGCCAAAAAUCCGCCAUCUUGUUUUUUUAAACAUUUUGAUAUAUCCAGUGUCACUCUCACAGUAAAUACGAAUCCAACGACACCUCUCAAGUCAAAAUCCAUCAAGCCGUUUAGGCUGUAGAGCGUGCCAAACAAUUAUACAUACAUACAUACAUACAUACAUACAUACUCUCGAAAAACAUAACCCUCCUUCUGGCGCAGUCGGGUAAUAACAUACAAUUUGUUGAGGCAGGAGUAAAUAUAGAGAUCAGUGAUUUGUUAAAGACAUCUAAACCAGGAAAACAACAAAUGUGCAUCACAUUACCUUACUUUCUUGCGAAACCUGAAAUUUGUCCAGUAACCACAUUACAAUAUUAUAUAAAUUAUACAAAAACUUUGAGUAAGGUAGAAUUUAAUAAUACAGAAAUGCUAUUAAUAAGUGUUAAGAAACCUUAUAAUUAUGCAAGUAGGCAGACAAUUAGUCGUUGGAUUAAACAAACAAUGAAGGACAGUGGUAUAGACAUCAAGAGAUUUACUCCUCACUCGACUCGUCACGCAGCCACUUCCAGGGCAUGUAGAGAAGGUGUUACAUUAGAUACCAUUUUUAGGUCAGCUGGUUGGUCUACUGGAUCAAAAGUUUUCGCAAAUCAUUAUAAUAGACCAUUGAUUAAAAGUAAUGAUAAAUAUAUUUUUGCUAAGACUGUUUGUAAUAUUGAAUCUCAUUAGUACAUUGUACUUAAGUAUUAUUUGACCAAAUAGUUUAUUUUAUCAGUACUAAGUACUUAGUUAAUAAUAAUAUGAUUAAUAGUAAGUAUAUACCAAGUGACAUGUGUAACAUGCAUAAAUUAUAAGCCACUGGUAAUAAAAGACUGAUUGUA